AUGGGCAAAGGUUUGUCCUUUCAUCACUCUGAGGUCGACACAGCAGUGACCUCGGUGGUUGAUUCGACAUCAGCGUCGGGAGCGCUACUGUUAGAGAAUGUGAACGAGAGCUGGGACGAGAAAGACGACGAGAUGUUUGGCUCGAUUGUUAAACCUGCGAUUGGUGAUGUCUUAGAGCGUAUUUUGUCUCUCAGUCCGGUCAACAAUGAUUCAAUCUCGCCAACACACCGGGACGCUACAGAGGCCGCUACUGAGGCGCAAGAGGAUCUUCUUUUUGAGCUACUGCAUGUUUUUGACAAUGUUAGUCAACAAAAAGGUCUACUUCGGCUAGUUUUGCGAAGUCUGGCCGAUUACACGAAUGCUGUAAUAUCUCCUACCAAAUCCAGUGUCAACGAAACUGGAAUCAAAGCAUAUAUAAACACAGCAAAAAAUAUGCCAAAAUCCCAGACAAGGUGCUACGGUACGCUUGGUACCUUCAAUCAACGUUUUCAUCAGAAAUCUGCUUCUUGA